AUGUCAAGUUUAGAGAGCGAUACAACGGUUAUAGAAAAUUUCAUUCAAGGUAAACUAUGGGCUGAAAAACGUUCUAAAUAUUCUGAUAAUGAUAUUGUCAUCCCUUAUUUUUUAGCCGGUGAUGAUGUAGAAGUUAAUUACCCUCUAAGUUCUCAUUCAAGCAAAGUUAUGCCUAUUUACGCGUCAUUUCCAUGCUUACCGCCUGAGUGUAGGUCUCAACUGACAAACAUUUUACUAGUUCUUAUUUACAAUUCAUGGAUACGUGAUAACAAUAAAAAAAACCGCACUUACGAUAUUAACCGACCGCUUAUACAAGGAAUCAAAUAUUUGGAAAAAAACGGCAUUGAAAUAAGUACAUCUACGGGUAAAAAAAAAGUUUAUUUCGUUUUGGGUCUUAUACAGGGAGAUAAUCUAGGGUUGCAUGGAUUGUUAGGAUUUACAGAAUCGUUUGUAGCUACACACUAUUGUAGGUUCUGUAAGAUGAAAAAGAAUGAUUGUAAGAAUGCACUUAUUAUUCCUUGCGAAUUGAAGCGAAAUAAUGUAAACUAUGAGCAAGAUUGUUUAGCAAACAAUAUUUCAAUUACAGGUAUAAAAGAAAAAUGUGUGUUUAACGAAAUAGAAUCAUUUCAUUGCACUAAAAACUAUUCUGUUGAUGAAAUGCACGAUGUACGAGAAGGGAUUGCUCAUGACGAUUUAGUUGCGAUUCUCCGGAAAUUAACUUUUGAAAACAGUGAUUGUUAUUCAUUCCUUUUAUGUGAAUUAAAUGAUCGAUUAACAAUGUUUGACUAUGGACCAAUUGAUUGCUCAAAUAAGCCUCCUUUGAUCAGAGAAGAAGAUAUUAAAAAUGAGUCAAAACUAAAAAUGACUGCGUCAGAAUUAACCACAUUUGUAAAAUUAUUUGGUAUUCUCAUCAAAGAUUUAGUUGAUAAAAGUAAUCCUUGUUGGAAUUUAUAUGUUUUACUGCAGGAAAUAUUCGAUUUCACUUUAGCGAAAAAAGUAACGAAAGAACAAAUUUUAGGUUUUGAAUCAGUAAUUCGUCGUCACCAUCUAUUAUACAUUGAACUAACUGGUAAGAAUUUAAAACCAAAACAUCAUUUCUUGUUGCACUUUCCAGAAGUAUGUGAGCAGAGUGGUCCAAUCUCUCAUGUAUCUUCUAUCCGUUCUGAGUCAAAACAUACUCACUUUACAGGAUCGGCUUCGGUAAAUAGAUGUAGAAUGAAUAUACCGUUGUCGCUUGCAAAGAAACAUCAAUUAAUGGUGAAUUUUCUAACAAUCUCUGACAAAUGUUUAAUGCCGACUAUCAUAUUCGGUCCUAUAAGUCCCUUAGAACCGAAUCAUUUUGAUUACUGUAAUUUACCUAAUGUUUUACGAGAUAGAAAUAUAUCAGUCACUAAAUGGGUCGAAUUCAAAAACAUAAAGUAUACUCCAAAAAUGGUUGUAUUAGUAAGAUAUGAAAAUUUGAUGCCUAUUUUUGCGGAAAUAGAUGCCAUUGCUAUUGUAAAUGAUAAUGUAAAUAAUGUAUAUUUAAUUUGUAAUUAUUUAAUAGUUCUUGGAUAUCAUGAACACGUUGUAGGUUAUGAAGUUAUGCGUUCAAAUUCAGUUGUUUGGAUUAAUAUUGAAGAUUUACGUAAUAUUUUUCCCUUAUUUGUACAUACAUCCUUAGACGACGAACUUUAUGUUAUCUUAAAUUAUACUAAAUGUUAA